AUUAAAGAUUACUCGAACCCAACUUGAAUAACCGACCCGGAUUCAAUUGGGGUAGGGCGAGAGAGGAUGUGGAUACUCCGCAUAUCGGCCAUGGCUGCCACUGGUUUCUGCUCGCAAGCUUUUGCGAGAAGGUCCGUUCUUCAAUUUGAAUCGCUUCGUUCAAUUCAUCUCAGAACAAACCCUAGUAAUUUCAGAAUCUUCCCCCUCGCCGCUCCGUUCACCUCCUCAGCUUCGGGGGUAUGCCAUUCUCCCACGCAGGCUGUGAAGGGCGAAACCGACAUUGUUCUCAAAGGUGCGAGAGACAAGGACACAGUCGAAGAUGUCAAGCGAGUUCUUGAAAUGGCGAAUCGGGCAUCAUUGAGGCGAGAAGUUCUACACACUGAUUUUCUCACUCCGCCCGUGUUAAAAGAAUCGAUGCUAGCAUUAGAGAAGUUUUCCGACAUCAAAGUUGUUUCUCAGGGAGGAUAUCCGGAGGCUGAACGUUGUCGGCUCUCCGUUGGACAUCCGGAAGUACUGACAUCUGAUCCGGACAUUGUUGCAGCAUUAAGUAUUUCGGGGAAUUUCGGGUUUGAACCUUAUUCGCAUGGCGACUUUCUUGGGGCAAUUCUCGGAACUGGGAUUGUUAGGGAUAAGCUCGGAGACAUUAUUAUAUUGGAGGGAGAAAAGGGAGCUCAUAUUCUUGUUGUUCCAGAACUUGUCGACUUCCUUGCAUCAUCAUUGGACAAGGUUAGGAAUGUUUCUGUCACCUGUCAAAAAAUACCAUUGCUUGCUCUCGAAUACCAGCCCCCGAGGACCAAGUCUUUCAAAGCUGUCGAAGCAUCACUAAGACUCGAUUCCGUAGGUAGUGCCGGUUUCAAAAUUUCACGAUCCAAAAUGGCUAAUCUGAUCAGCGACGGAGAUGUGCGUGUAAACUGGGCCUCGGUGACGAAAAGCAAUACAACGGUAAGAACAGGAGACAUCAUCUCUGUUAGUGGUAAAGGAAGAUUGAAGAUUGGAGAAAUAAACUCAACAAGGAAAGGAAAGUUUGCAGUGGAGCUAAUAAAGUUUUUGUGAUGUAAGAGAUACCUUUUUUAUUUUAUUUUAUUAUUAUGUUGUAUUUAUUUAUUCAUUUCUUUUAAUUUUUAUUUUGAUGUAUUGGAUGAUGGAUAGCCGGUUUAUUGCAGCACCGGUAAAUUAUACACUUUUGUUAUAUACAGUUAAACCUAUAUAAAUUAAUAC